GAGCUGGGCUUACAUUUUCUUCUCUACAUGACUUUCCAUCUCAUAUUUUUUCUCUUAUCUCACCUUUGUUGCACGAUGUUUUUGGUGCACCAAGAUCCCAGACUUGAUACAUAAAGAGACCAUCGUUUCUAGUGUCUCGUUACGCACCUUCUUCUUCCUCACUGACGUAGCUCACUUCCUCUCUCUCUCUCUCUCUACCCUGAUCUCCACCCAAGUAUGUUGAAGCUAUCACGCUGUUCAUUCGCCAGGAAUCUGUUGUCCAAUAAACAAUUUCUUGAAUAUGGUCCUGAUGUAAGAGAUGCUAGAUACUUGUGUGCAUUUACAUCCCGUGCUGGUGUCUCAACUACUAGACAAAAUUUUACUGCCAAAGGAAAUUUUGCUGGUCGAGUAUUUGCUCCUUAUAGCAUUUACAAGGGCAAAGCUGCACUCUCUAUGGAACCUGUUCUACCCACUUUUGCUAAAUUAGAUUCUGGGGGACUUAGAGUUGAUCGCCGUGGUGUCAUGAUGUUAACUUUCCUUCCUGCCAUUGGCGAGCGCAAGUACGAUUGGCAAAGUAGGCAGAAAUUUGCGUUGUCAGCAACAGAGGUUGGGUCUUUCAUAAGCCUUGGUCCCACUGGUGCAUCUGAGUUCUUCCAUGACCCUUCAAUGAAGUCAAGUAAUGCUGGUCAGGUGAAGAAGACCUUGUCGGUUAAGCCUCAUGCAGAUGCUAGUGGCUAUUUCAUUUCUCUAAGUGUCAACAACAGCAUUCUUAAAACUACAGAACGGAUAACUGUUCCUGUCACAAGUGCUGAAUUUCAAGUUAUGAAGACAGCUUGCAGCGUAUGACAUUUGCAUUGCCUCAUAUAAUGGGCUGGGACUGGUUGAAUAAUCAACAACAUAAACACAGGGAGAUUAACUCGAUGAGGUUGGAUUCACGAGCUUUGGAUUUAGAGUGGGAUAAAUGAAGCUACAGUUAUCACUCGUCAGCAGCCUUUCGCCCUUCCAAGUUUUUGCCAGCUUGAAGAGACAUUUCCAUUUAUUUUCUAGAAGAAAAUUGUUGUGCUUGUUUGUUCCAUAUUUUAUCCUGGUAGUGUAUUUUCAUCAGUGGUUGGGGCAGCUCUUCACGGGGCUUGUUCACCCACAGUGCUGGAAGCAUCAUGUAUUUAUCGGAACCAGAAUUUUGAGGGUGAAGUAAAGUCAGCAAUGAUUUUUAGAUAUAAUUUUGAAGGGUCA